CACACUGUUCUCGGAGCUACACUGUACGUAUGACAAGGCUUUGGGAGAGGGGGAAACGGGGACCAAAACGGGAUCGGAGGUGAUUGCAGUUGUACGGACCUCAGCCUGUGAAGCCCGGUCUGAGGCUCAACGGGUCAGACGUUUCCUGUUUCCAGUGUAAGAUGCUUCAAAGCUUUAUUAAGAAUGUUUGGAUCCCCAUGAAGCCCUACUAUACCCAAGUUUACCAGGAGAUUUGGGUAGGAACGGGGCUGAUGGCUUUUAUCGUUUAUAAGAUCAGGAGUGCUGAUAAAAGAAGUAAAGCCUUGAAAGCUUCCAGUCCUGCGCCUGCUCACGGGCAUCAUUAACGAGCUCUCCUUGGAUGGGACAUCGGUCUGGCUGUGCUGUGGGAACGUGGGACAUCGUGUUGACUUGCAGCAGUGCCCCUGCCCUUGGACAUGAAUAAACGUACCUGUGAGACGCA